CAUAGCUGCUAGCCAGCCCCCCUAGUCUGCAUGGGCCCCUGUUAUCGCGCAUCUCCUGUCCUGCUGCAAGGUCCACAGUGUGUCAUGCCAUGUGCCACUUUCAGGUCUCCUCACACUGCUGGUGUGUUUCAUUUUGUCAUAGGAUGCUGGCAGAUUACGUGCCUCACAUUGCUGCGGCCAGGCCCUCACAAUCUGCCAUGGGCCCCUGUACCGCCUCCUCACGCUGCUGCAUAGGUCCACAGUGUUCAUGGGUCCCUGUACUGCCUCAUCCGCAUUGCUGCUGUCUCCCAACGCACACACUCUGCCAUGUGCCCGCUUUCAGGUCUCCUCACACUGCUGCUGGGUUCCAUUUUGUCAUAGAUUGCUUGGCAGAUUACAGCCUCCCAUAGGCGCUGCAGGCCCCUAAUCUGCCAUGGGCCCCUGUACCGCCUCGUCACGCUGCUGCUGGGUCCACAGUGUGUCAUGGGUCCCUGUACGGCCUCCCAUUGCUGCUGUCUCCAUCGCCACACUCUGCCAUGUGCCACUUUCAGGUCUCUCUCACACCCUGCUGGUUUCCAUUUUGUCA